AGCAAACAAAAAUUCUAAAUUAUUAAGUCUUAAUUACCAAUCACCAGUUUAAAGUUUUGUUUAAAAAUUAAACCAUAUGCAGUGUGUGGUAGCACACACCUGUAGUUUCAGCACUUGGGAGGAUCGCUGCCAGUUGGAAGACAGUCUGGGGUACAUAGUUCAAGGCCAGCCUGAACUACAUAGUAAGACCCUGUCUCAAAACAAAACAAAACAAAACAAAACAAAACCUAAAUAAAGGGCUGGGGAUUUAGCUCAGCUGCACAGGUGCCUGCUGACAAGCUUGAAAUUAUGAGUUCAAUCGCUGUACCAGGAAACAAACAAAAACAAAACUUAUCCUGAGUAAAGAAAAAAUCAAUUUGCAUGAGGGGUGGGGGCUCAGCAUGGUUUCUGUUGUUGAACUAGUGUUAGCUUCCAGAGAACAGGAAAAUGCCACAGCUGUCCUCCCCUCCCCAAGACACCCUGACUCCACACCUGUCACCCCAUUCAGCAAGCAUCCAAGUAGCAUUUUGCAAAGGGGACUCACUGGAAGGAGAACUCCCAGGUUAAUGAUGGACAAGAACACACAGGGAAGUGUACAGAGCAGACCACCCACAAGGCCGUGUCUCCAGUGGGGUGGCUGCCCCGCACGUGGGUACGCAGCAGGUGGCCCCAGCAGCAGAGCUGUGACCAGAGCUCAGGUCUCAUUAGGCUGUCCUGGCCGAGGUGCCCCUUUCCUCUCCACCUGCCCUGGGUUCUAGGACUGACAGCUGUUUUCUUGCAUGUAUCAUGGGUAUGGGACCAUGCGAAGCCCCGUGUGGAAUUUACUGGGCCACUGUGACCAGUCACCACCUCCUUACUAUGGAGUGUUGUUGACACAGGCAGUUUUUGAUGAGGUGGUGCCCGGCACCACACCAGGCUUUUUCUUUCAGUCCCCAGCAUUGAAGGUCACACGGUAGAGCGGGCUUGGUGUCAUGGGAGAGUUUACCACGCGCAUGCUGAUGUCGCUAUGACCCUAAUAUGUCUAGCGCUCAGCCCCACUGUGGAGCAGACACCCCCUCCCUCAGAGCACUGCCUCUAAAGUUACCCUGAGUUGUGCGCAUCUGGGCUCGCUUCCUUCCUGUGGCCUGGUGUGAAUCUUUCAAACUUCACAGUUCUACCCUUCCAAUCUGAGGCUCCCUGCAUCUGUCCGGGUUCCUACAGCCGCCACUGUAGGGGUGGGUCCUGUGCUUUGCACAAGAAAACCACGGCCUGCGUGGUGGAGAUCUGCGGAAUCCCACGGUCCACACAAAACCAGGAUCUCAAAACACGGUCCCCCAGCGCAGCGGUUCAAGGCAAGGUUACCUCAGCCCCUGGUCUAGGUCAUCGGCUCUCAGCCAAUCAGCGCAUGGCGUCCGUAGCCAGGGCAACCCGCUGCAGUUGCGCUGCAUUCCGGGGCUCAAGGAUCGGGGCUGCGUUCUGGGCGCCUAGGCCAUGCAUAGCACCUGCACCUGCCCAGACCAUGGACGAGUCCUACAAAGUCUACGACUCACCUGUGCUUGGUGUUGCUCAGUGGAUCCCGGGCCAACCUGACUGUAGAGUGUUCAGGACAAGACCGGAGUCUCAGUGUGCCCAGACAGGUGAAGGCAGCCAGUGUUGUUAUAGGAGCCACCUCACUUCCUGCCAGCUACCCAGGAUGGAAGAGCUGGGAGGAAACCUGGGGGCAGGGUUCUGCCAGCCUGAGACUCUGAAGGAGAACGGCAGCGCCAGUGUGGUCCCCACCUUUGAUCCUGAACCUGUCAUUGCUCACUGCUUCAAGCAGUUCAAGCAGAACUUCCGUCUGCCACAGAGCCGCCGGCGGAUCUUCAUUGUGCCUGCCCAGGGCAGGCCCCGGCAGGGACAGGCACCUGUGGACCUAAUGCCCCAGCCCCCACCACCCCCACCACCUGUCCCCAGCUUCAGAGGCCUGGACCUUGGGGACAGUCCUGGGCCACUGGAGGACAGAGUGGCCUGGCUUCACCAGAGGGCAAGGCUGCGGAAGGAGCUGGAGGCCCUGGAUGAUGUGGCACGGUGGCUGGAGAACAAGCCCAGCAUCUCGCCCUUAGAGGCCAAAGUCCUGCGCAUGCUUCAUAAGGAGCGAGAGGUCCAGAUCAUGAGCCAGGCAGAGGUCACCACAGCCACCAAGAAAGGAGUCCUUUGGCGAGAGGUGCCCCAGCUGCGGCUGCCCAAGCCCCCGGCCCUGUCAGCCCUGUAUGCCUACCUGCGUGGCCGCAAGAUCCAGGUGCUGGAGCUGUUUUCCAAGGGCCACGGCACACAGCAGAGAGUCUCCCGAGAGGAGUUCCUCAAUGCGCUGAGGGCGGUGGGAGUCCCCAUGAAGCAUCAGGAGAUAGAGGAUGUGGUGAUCUACCUGAGCUCCCUCGGGAAGCAGCACGAAAUCACCGUAGAGUCACUGGCUAUCACCUACAAGCAGUGGUCUCUAGCCCAGCUGAGAAGAAGCACACCGCCUACCACAUACAAGGGUUCCAUCCAGGCACAGAGCUCAGUGUCUCUGCAGCCAUACAAGAAGGACCUACUCACGGUGCCCGAGGUCCCUGUGCCCUCCGAGGCCCGGCCCCUGACACUGGAGGAAAUGGAAGAUGUAGGCAAGCACUAUCGCGAGCGCAGGCGGCAGCUCAAGCUCCCCAUCCCCUCCAUCCAGUACACGGAGAGCUGCCGCCUGGUGCGCAGUGGGGACUGGCACAUGGACCAGCACUGCCUGCCGUCCACGGUGCCUGGCGAGAGCCAGGAACUGCUGGAUGCAGCGCGCAGGGAUGGCUUCCUGCUCUACUUGCGCUGUGGGAGGCAGUGCGCGGCCUCAGGGCUGCCAGUGACAGAGGAUGUCCUCACCCGAGCACUGCUGUACCCAGGGGACAAGAUCGUCCUGCAGGAUACCCAAGUGCGCCCCAUCCGGCAGCCUGGUGGCUUCUACUCAGACUGGAGGGCCCUGGCCCCACACCUGGCCAAACAACAGAUGCAAGACCCAAAUCUGGGGCCCCAGAAGAGUAACAAGAAGGCACCACUGGACAGCAGGAGGACACCCUCUAAAGAGACCCAGGAGGUUACCAGGAAGCUGAAGGCGAGGAGACAUGGGGGUCUCCAGCGAACCCAUCCCAACGCCUUCUGGCCAGGCCACCUGCUGGAUAAGCUGAGGUUUUGCCUACCCUCAGAGACCACUGACCGGAGCCUGGCACUGUUCAGUUGCAUCCACCAUGCCUACCAGGCCACCUACCACCCUGACCGCUGGUGGCCCCUGAGGAAUGAGAACUACAUGACCCAAGCUUACUAUGAUUCCCCCAAAGUGUAUGCCAUCAACUAGACUGGGUGGUGUUACCAUGACAUGGCAGGGAUCCAGCCAGGUCAAAGACACAGUGUUAGGGUGGCUGGACCCCACAACCCUGUCCCAGAGGAGUGUCACUGCCGCACCUCUGGCCUUGGCCUUUGCAAAUAAAACAGCAAGAGCUUUUCUCACAUGA